GAUAAAGGUGACCUAAAGCUGACGGGAUAGUUCCAACACAGUUCCAGCAUACGUGCAGUCUUACAUAAUAAGGAAAACCAUCAACUUGAUAGAGCAUACCUAUUUAUUCCAUCAGUCUUCAUUGAGCUUCAGGACGGGAGGGCUGUCUGCAUUUACAGUAGCAGUGGUAUUAUAGUGCUUUAUUACAUAUCUCUCAAUCACAAUUUACCUGCCAUUCAAUUCUGUCACGAACGCACACAGAGCAUUCGUUAGCGAAUCAUUGUGUAUUUUUGGAUAUAAUUUUUCACCGAUUGUCAAAAUAAGUAUUGAGUGAGCGGCAGUUGCAGUCUCGUAUGAUUUGUUGGAUGGCGUCAUGGGGCUCUCAUCUUGGCUUCCCUUUGAUUAUCAUUCUCGUUCUUGUGAUUGGCGAAAAAUUGCUGCUGCCGAAAUUGGAUUCGAGUGAACUUGAUAACAAGGAGCGUUACAUGACAACGGCGGAAAUAAUUCGCAAUCGCGGAUAUCCGCUUGAAAUUCACCACGUAGUGACGGAAGACGGAUACAUUCUAGAACUUCACCGGAUACCGUCCGGACGAAAUGGGAUUUCAGCUAACCGGUCACGACCCAUCUUUCUGCAACACGGCCUUCUGUGGAAUGAUUUUGCUUGGUUGAUGAACCCCACAAAUAAUUCACUUGACGUCUGGAUGGGAAAUUCGAGAGGCAAUAGCAAUUCGAGGAGACAUGUAUCGUUGGAUCCUGAAAAGGAAGAAUACUGGAAAUUUUCAUGGGACGAAAUGGGCCGCCAUGAUAUUCCAGCUUGCAUUGAAUACGUCCUUGACGUCACAGAGCAAAAAAAGUUAGCCGCCUACGUUGGAUAUUCACUUGGCUGUACCCUCUUCUUCAUAGGAGCAAUCAAUAAACCCAAAGUGAAUGAUCAAGUCGACUUGAUGAUCGGACUCGGUGCUACCUCCAGUAUUGCUCAUUUGGACAACUUUUAUUAUUACUUGGGUCUAUUUGUCAAACCGUAUCACUUUUUGCUUCGUAUGACUUGUACCACAGUUUUCCAUUCCAACGACUCAUUUUCCAGCAAUCUGCUGAAAAUGUUUUGCGAUUCCAGCCAGUUUGCCGCCGAAUUAUGCCUGCAUUUACUAUUCCUGAUUUUUGGAUACUCUGAAUCCCAUUACGAGUCUUCGCUCAACGCUAUUCUCGGACACUAUCCAGACGGAAGUUCUGUUGGAGCUGCGAUACAAUUCCUCCAAAAUUCCAUUUCCGGUGAAUCAUUUAAUCACUUCGACUACGGAUGCUAUGAAAACCUGAAAAGAUACGGAUCUUGUACGCCUGCCCAAUAUAAUUUAAGUCUUGUUACGGCCCCAGUGUACCUUAUUAGUGGUGACAGGGACCCAAUAGCACCGCCAAAGGACAUUAUGUGGUUGGCUUCCAAAUUGGGCAACUUGAAAUCCUCUAUCCAGGUUGACAGUUCAUUCACUCACGGUGAUUUCAUCUGGUCAACACGAGCAAUGGAGCUCGUUUAUCUCCCUCUAAUUAGACUUCUCCCAAUGCCAUAUCUCAAUAGUUCUAACACAACUACAAGUUCAAUCUUCCCGGUGGCUAUGUAUAUUUUUUACCAGUGGCUACAGAACCUGAUUCCAGACGUCAAAAAGAGAACCAGUGAAGAUACAGUGUCAUCAUCUUAUCAGAAAACUUUUUCAAGAAUUGGGAAAACAAGGAGAUUCAAAUUAAAGUUUAAAAGAUUUGCACGGUAGAGUACAACGCUAGAAAUCCCGGAAGAGUAGUAUUUUCAUCCGAUGUAAAUCUAACGAGCAUUUCGUUUGAGGAAGAGUUGACGGCGAAAGGUAUCAACGAUAAUCCAGAUUUCUCGAGGAGCAGUGGGGAGUUAACCGUGGGUCCAUCGAACAC